UGAGUUUCCUGAGACACACAGCAAAUUCCCGUUGGCUAUCUAUUUUACAUAUGGAAUCCAGUGAAUGUAUUCUUUAGAGAAUGUAUCCUUUUCUCACAAGCACUGAGUCCAACUUUUUUGUAGUGCUCCUAUACAUUUUGUACAUCAUAAGUAGUAUAUAUGGAUGCUUCCAAGUAUAGGAAGCUUUAGGCCUCCAAAAUUUGGCAAGUUAUGACUCCUAUAUCACACCAUAUUGUAAUGUAGAAGAAGAACAUUUGUCAGUUAUGGUUAUCAUUACUGAGACUCUUGACUACUGGGAUAAAGAAACAAGGCAAAAGUUGGGAAAAUGUCAUUUGGCAGAUUUUGAAAACAGUGAGUAUGUAGAUAAAAACCUUACAGAGUUUUGGUCACAAGAAUAUAUAAAAUAUAUGGAAACCCUCUGUCAAGAUAUAAAAGACAGUUUUCUAAGCAAUAAGCCCACUUUUUAAAUGGAAUUUCCAUUUUUUGGGUAUAACAUUAAUAUUACAUCAUCACAGGAAAUCAUUUGUUCCCAGGCCUUCAUUCAAACCAUGGAUAUUUCUUUCAAUAAGAAACUGAUGUUAUACCAGUUCUGAGACAUGGCCAAGAAGUGUGAAGUUCCCCUAAUGGUAUACAACCAGGCAUUCAUAUAUUUUGAUCAGUAUUCUGCAAUAUGAAACACUGUUCAAAAUGUGACUGUUGCAUCAACAGCUAUGUUCAUUGUUUCCUUAUUGUUAAUUCCUCAUCCCCUGUGUUCUUUGUGGGUAACUUUUGCUAUUGCUUCUGUGAUUAUGAGCCUCAUGGGUUUUAUGGCCCUCUGGAAUGACAAUCUUGAUAUCAUCAUAGCCAUGAUUAAUCUUGUCAUUUGUAUAGGGUUUUCUUUUGACUUUUCUGCUCACAUUUCUUAUGCAUUUGUUUCCAGUUCAGAGACUUCAGUAAACUGAAAACCCACUGAGGCAUUGUAUCUGCUAGGCUACACUGUGUUACAAAGUGCAGUUUCAACAAUAAUAGGGAUGUGUGUCCUAUCUGCAGCUAAAGCAUACAUCUUCAGGACAUUUUUUCAGAUGUUUCUUGUGAUGGUAUUUGGAGCUGCUUAUGGUCUAAUUUUUUCUCAGUAUUCUUAACCUUUUUUUUAAAGUUAGUUUGAAAAGUCACUAACAAAGACCAAUUGCAGUAUUCCUGAUUGGCCCAAUCCAAUAUGAUGAAAACACGCUAUUAAGAAUAGUCAAUAGACUAAAACCAA